AAAGCUCCGAUUAGCGUGAGAGCGUCCCGGGCCUCUCUCAAAAACUACGGAACCAAAACAAGGAGGAGGAAAAAGAAGAAGAAAUGGGGAGGGCAUUCUUGUUAAUAGUGGCCAUCUUCUUCUUCUUCACGUGCAUGGGGAUAACGUGGAGCACGCCAUGCAGAACGACCUGCGGGAACAUUCAGAUAAAUUACCCGUUCGGAGUGGACGAAGGAUGCGGAGCUCCUCAGUUAAGGGGAAUGUUCAACUGUUCAUCCUCCACAGAUCUCUUCUUCCUCACCCCUUCCGGCAGCUACAAAGUCCAGAGGAUCGACUACCUCAAGAACAGAGUUGCAGUGUACGACCCGUCCAUGUCCACGUGCUCCAUCCUCCAGCCUCACCACGAUUUCAAGCUGACGGAUCUCCAGAACGCGGUAAUCAGGCCCUCGUACGACACCGUUUUCGCCCUCCUCAACUGCUCCGUCGACUCUCCCGUUCUCAACCACUUCCGCAACCUCUGCUUCAACUUCUCCGGCCAUUCCUGCUCCGAGCUCUACUCCUCUUGCAGUUCUUUUCGCGUGUUCAACCUCACCUCCUCCCUCUAUGGUAACAGCACAGUCCAUACGACGCCGUAUUGCUGUUUCACGGGUUACGACACGGUGCGGGUGAUGAGCAUGGACAUACUGGACUGUUCGCACUACACGUCGGUGAUCGACGGCGGGAACAUGAGGGACGUGGCGCCUUUUGAUUGGCUGUACGGGAUAGAGCUGUCGUACUCUGUGCCCGACGUCGGCUGCGGUCACUGCCAGAAGUCUGGCGGCUCAUGUGGUUUCGACACCGAGUCCGAAGGUUUCCUCUGCCUCUGUUCUGCUUUCAACAACGCCACCAGAGAUUGCGGUGGAGCGAUGGCUGAACAAGCGGGGUGCCAUUCUAAUAACAUAUAUUAUCUAACUUUGAUAUUGGCGAUGUUGAUGGGUUUUAUUUACACCGUUUUGUGAUUCGUUUUUGUCUAUUAUUCCAUUUUCUGAUUUUUUUAAUUAAAAAUUUCGUGCAUUCGGUGUUAACAAAAUCUUAAUCUUAUAGCCAUGUUUAGCGUUUCUA